UCUUUUUCAAUCUCUCCGCUUCCGCCGCGGUGUUCUUCCUCCUCUCGCAGGAGAAAAUUUCGCUGGUUGAAUCGGAGGGAGGCAGCAAUGGCCGCUCGAGCUCGGUGGCGAAUCCUCGCGCUGCCGCUCGCUCUUCUCCUAGCGGUCGGGUCGUCGCCUGGCCUCGUGAGGCAGGCGUCGUCGUCGGCGGCGGCCAAGCCUCCCGUCCCCAAGGCCAUCUCGGACCUGAGGGAGGCGAUCGUGAAGGGGCUGGGGUUCCAGUCGGAGGAGCUCAAGGUGUCCGGGUUCGACGUGCGCGACGCGCUCGUGGGGCAGGCGGUGGCGUACGAGUUCGACAUCGAGGUCGGGAGGAAGGUGGUGCCGGUGCGCCUGCUCGAGGACGUCAACCGAUGGGACUUCGUCGACCUGCCCAUCUUCCGGUCCCAGGCCGACGCCGACGACACGGCGCUCGCCGAGAUCCGGCGUGGCAAGAGCGGGAAGCGAGCCUUCGACCCGACCCUGCCACCGUUCCAGCUCGCCGGGCCCAUGGAGCUCUGGAUCCAGGACGGCGACGACGUUAGGCUCGCCUUGCCGCAUGAUGUGGAAGCAGGGACGCUGAAGAAAGUAGUGCUAUCAGAUGGUGCCGUGGUAACAGUGAAGGGUGCCAAGGCUGUGAGCCUCCGGUUGCCACUUGAAUUACCGCUCCCUCUCAACCGCACCACUUACAAGGGCCGGUUGUCAAGCUUGAUAUCCAUUGCGCAAACGCUACGGGGCGCCGCCCGGUCGAACCAGAAGCCGCUGCUCUCCCUCCGCAUCGAAGGUCCGACGUCGUUGUCCUCGACUCCUUCCAUGUCUCCCAAUGACAGGCUCAAGCUCAAACGGUUGGCCCCAGGCCAAGUGGAGCUCUCCUCGCGUGCAAUCCCUGCUGUUACAGACGAUGAUGGUGAUGGAUCACACGCAGCUGGAUUGUGGCCCCUUCUGUCACUGAAUGGGUCAGAUGGCAGCCUGCAGGGGUUUGAGGAGUUGCUGGCCUCGGUUCUUGGAAAGAAGGCAGGUGAGAAGGGGACGUUCAAGCUGUUGAAGGCGCGAGCUUCUGCCCAAACGUACGUCAAGAUGGGGUUUGCGGUGGAGAAGAGGAUUGCUGACGGAGAGGUGAACUGGUCCAACUUCCCGGAGUGGAAGACGAAGCCCAAGAAGUUGAGGGCGCACUACGAGGUUCUUGCUCGUGUGGAGGGUGGCCAGGCGAUCCCUGAAAGGAUCGCGCAGGUGCAGCCUUUUGAGGCCGACGAGGCCAUGUCCGAGAGCGUGCUCACCGGGAAUGUGUCGAUGUCGAAGACGGAGGUGGUUCAUCCGCCGCCGGUUUACUUCACUCUUUGAGAGCAGUUGAAGCUCCGGUUUUAAGUGAGCUGAUCACGGUAAAUGACAAGCGGCGAAAGUUUCUUGGCGGCGAGUAUUAUUAACUGCAUUAGCAUGAAAAAUUGUUGUACGGGGUAUGUUAUACUGGCCAGCUUUGUAAAUUACCAAACUGAAUAAUGAAUGAACGAACCAUUACAGGAAAAGGAUUCAUCCAUAGGCAAUUGUAUAUCUUUUUGAAA